UAGGUGGAUGUGGUAAAGUAAAUACGUCACGGGUGAUAUCUGUCGUUUCGAUCGUCUGUCGAUAUUUACGUUUUAAAUGGAAUAAACGGGAUUAAUAUACUUGAUGUAUUAUCAUAUAAUCUCUAUUAAAGUAUGACAGAAUCGUACGAUUUUCUUUUUAAGUUUUUGGUAAUAGGAAGUGCAGGAACAGGAAAAUCUUGUCUGCUGCACCAGUUUAUUGAAAAUAAAUUCAAAGCAGAUUCGAGUCAUACAAUUGGUGUUGAAUUUGGAUCAAAGGUUGUAAAUGUUGGAGGCCGUUCCGUGAAACUUCAAAUUUGGGACACUGCAGGACAAGAACGUUUUAGAUCAGUUACAAGAAGUUAUUAUCGUGGAGCUGCUGGAGCAUUAUUGGUGUAUGAUAUUACAAGUCGAGAAACUUAUAAUGCAUUAUCAAAUUGGCUGACUGACGCUCGCACUUUAGCGAGCCCAAAUAUUGUGAUCCUCUUGGUUGGGAAUAAGAAAGAUUUAGAAGAUGAAAGAGAAGUUACAUUUUUAGAAGCGAGCAGAUUUGCCCAAGAAAAUGAACUGAUGUUCCUUGAAACUAGUGCACUUACUGGGGAAAAUGUUGAAGAAGCUUUCUUGAAAUGUGCAAAAUCUAUUUUAGCUAAAAUUGAAACAGGUGAAUUGGAUCCAGAAUGCAUCGGUUCCGGCAUUCAGUAUGGAGAUUCUACGUUACGUCGACUGCACAGACAACAACAGAGGCACAGCGAUUGCGCCUGCUGAAUUACAAGACAUAAAGUGUGUUGAUCUUUUAAUAAUUCAUUGUUGUAGUUGACAACCUAUUAUCAAGUUUGCUUUCUUCUUCGAUAAUCAAUCGACUUAUGUAGAUAAGGUGAAGGAUAUAUUUUAACUUUAAAAAAAAAGUUAUUCCAUAUUAUUAAUGACUGUGUUGUGUUCUGAUAUAUUUAAUCAAAUCAGCAUUUAAAUACAAAUACAUUUUUGAUGGUUUUAAAUUAUAGAAAUGAAAAUAUUAAAACAAACAUAUACAUUUAUUAAAAAUUAGCGUAAAUGAUGAUGUACAUAGACUUUUAACUAUUUUAUUUUUUAUUUAAAAUUUUACACUUUUAAUGAAAUUGCACAUUGUUUGAAUUAACAUAAUUUUAAAUUAUUUUUGAAUUAAAAUAAUAAAGUUGUUUCUACAGUUCUAAUGUUGAAACAUUGUGGACGGUAAUUUCUUUAACAGAUUAAAAAUAAUGUCAAUAAUGUUGAUUAUAAUAUUAAAUAUUAUUGAUUAAUUUCAUAGUUAAUCUGCAACUGUAUCAAAUUUUGCACAAAUAAUGUUAUAUUUUUACUGUAAUUUCUUAAUAAUGAUAUCUUUUUCUGCAGAUCUGGCACAAGGAAUGGCAUUCAAAUGAUAUAAACUGAGAUACAUAUUUUUUUUAUAUUACAAUUUAAAUAAAUAAAUUUGUUAUUAAACUAUUCUUCAUAUUUAUUAAUAAAUAUGAGGAAUAAUUUUUUUUCACUAAUCUAAAUGAUACAGUUAAUAAA